AUGGCUACCGAUGCAAACAUCAAUAUCACCUCUGCGUCUCUGCGUGGAAGCCCGUCCGAUCGCAUUAUCAAACCACGUCCCCGGAAGGACUCUUUACAGUCGAUUUCGGGUUCAGAUACUCACCCAGGGCGCGUAGUGAAGCCUCGUGCGCGCAAAUCGCCAGGUUCUGGAGCUAAGAGGUCCGAACCAGCGAAGCGCAAAUUUAUCUGCUCGUUCUCCCACUACGGCUGCGACGUCGCUUUGAGCUCCAAGAACGAGUGGAAGCGGCAUGUCUCCAUUCAGCACCUUCAGCUGGGAUUCUAUCGCUGUGACGUCGGCUCAUGCAACCCCGACCUGAACACCAAUGUUCCCAAUCACAAGCGAGUCUACAAUGACUUCAACCGUAAGGAUCUUUUCACCCAGCAUCAUCGACGCAUGCACAAGCCAGAGACUGGCCCAGGCUCAGGCCCCAUUGUACCCGGUAACGCCGGCGACAAGGACUGGAGAGCCUUCGAAGAUAGCCUUGAAGAGGUCCGCAAUCGCUGCUGGAUGGAGAAGAGAAAACCUCCGCAGCGUAGUACCUGCGGCUUCUGUGGCAGGGUCUUUGAAGGCGACGGCAGUUGGAAUGAGCGUAUGGAGCACGUCGGAGGCCAUUUCUCCCGUGACAUUGUCGAAGCCAAGGAAGAACGAGAAGACGAAGAUUUGACCAACUGGGCCCUUCAAGAGGGGAUCAUCAAAGACGCGGGUAAUGGUCGCCAUGUUCUUGUCGAUCAGCCUCCCACCAUCAGCGAUAGACCUUACUCGUCCAGGGACCGGGAUGUCGCCAUGACGGACGCUCCGAGCUCCGAUGGCCUCUCCCGCGAUCCUGAACAUUCCCCUUCGCUAAGUGCCUCGUCCCGAAGGCCAGAAUCAGAAAGCAACUAUCCCAAGCUCGAUAGCCCCCGCGAAGCUCGACGACUAAGCAAUACUAUGAGCCCCAACGGAACACCUCGCGCCCCUUCCGUGCCAUUGCUCCAGCCCGCACCUGGAAGCUCAGCUGCUGGACAAGCAAUCGCUCCUGCGCUUGCAGCCGCCGCCCUUGGAUCUGCCACAGUACCUGAUUCGCCCGAGAGCAAGCUCCAACCUCCUCCAACACCCCCCGAACGACGUGGUUAUAAUCUCGCACCCCCCCCGCUGCAAGGAGCAAAAGGGGCCUCCGGCACUGUUGCUCAAGGUGAUUCGGGGAGUGGGGAUCGACUAGAAGAUCUUAUCAAUCAGCUGAUCAGACCCAAGCCUCCCAAGACGCAUCGCCGCCUUACGUGGAAAUGUGAUUGUAAUUUGGAAAUGUCGGUUGACAUUGACGACGCAGACCGACAAGCCAUUGAAAGCCUCCAAGACAUCAGCAUCAUCUGCAGCAAAACAUCGAAUCCGUAUCUGAAGGUCGCAAAGACUGGAAAGUAUCACGUGGUUGCGUGCGACGAGCUUGCUGGAUACAUUUGGAAAAACUCGAAGCAGUCAGUCGAGCAACACAACCGUCCCAGCGAAGUCCCUGUCAGCUAG